AUGUCGUACUCCAAUAGUGGCGGGGCCACUCUUACGAUGCCAUCACCUACACAUGCUCAUCAUGUUGAUGUUACCUCAGCAGUGAGAUCGCUAAGACGUUCUUUAUCGCGUUCUCCAUCCAAAUUCCGACUGGUUACAAAAUCACCAAAUUCCUCACCAAAUUCACCGCUAUCAACAUCUCCACUGUCGCCAUCCAAGCGCGCAUCUUCAUAUCCUGCCAUAUUCGCAGGCACAAAUACACCUCAUACGCCAUCACCGCUUGCUGUACCGUUCCCCCCAAGCGCAAGAUUGGCACUUCGUUCUUCGUCGCGAGCCAAGACUGCCCCUCCUCGACAGGCUACCCGUCUACGAACCUCACCGAGAAGUCCCAUGAAGCGGGCUUUGAGCCAAACAAUUGAUACUGGCAACGCGCCUCCAACACCGCUGGGUUAUAUGGGUGGACAAGAAAAUAUUGAAGGCAGCAGCCCUUUGGAGAGAAAGAAUCUUGAGAAGCUUCCGAGAAUGCAACUCAACCUAGACGCAAAUUCACCCGUCAACCAGGCGUUAUCGAGAUUAGGCAGUGAUGGAGCCAACGACUGCAACACAUGCACUCCGAGUCCACUGAAGCGCAGCGAUACCAUCAUGAACUUUGAGCAAGCAAGCCUCGGAAGUCCAGUCGCAAAGCGCAGAAGUCUUCACGGUUCCGCCAACUUUGGCCACGACUUCAAUGUCUUUGAUCCGACACCAGCUUCUCCAUCGCAAUUUGACAUUCACAGUGAUUUGAAUCACGAAUAUGAAUUAUCCGCCUCAGUUGUUGCCUCGGAAAUUACCGCAUCGCCCUUCACCUCUACACCUCGACGUUCCUCUUCCUUGCGCAAGUCGACAUUGCUUCAAAGAAAUUGCGAGAAGACUUCCUGGGGUCGAAGACAUGCUGCUCAAAUUUUGGCUGCGCAACAAUCCGCACAACAACAACCUUUUGCGAUUGCGAAUGCGAAUCUGGAAAUCGUUAGCCCGAGUAAGCAAAAGAAUCGUCCAAGAUUGUCAUUGGAUCAAUUUGUCGCACCCAUGAAUCGCGAUAGUUCAUUCAACCACCAAGGUAAUCUCCAGAACUCCUCGAUGCAUAUAGCCAGUCAGUCACAACAACCUACACAUCAACCUCACCCACUCUCACGGACCAUGACAACUUCUUCCUCCAAUUCGAGCAUCGCAGAGGAGUCGCCCGUUCGUCAAGCUCCUGUUAACUUUGGUGGUAGUCAUAAGCCCAAGAUUGACUUCUCAAAAUCUUUACCCGCUGGAGCCCUAAGGCCGUUCAAUUUGGAUCCUCCCGAUGACUUCUCAACUCCCAAGAAUUUUAAAGCUGUCAAGCCAUUGCCGGCUGCUUUCAUGUCUACGGGUCUCAUCUCAAAGGUCAAUAGGAGACCCGAAGAAGUCCAAAUGCUUCGUGGAAAUACCAAGUCAAACGUGCCAGAUACCCCUUGCAAGAAGCAGAACAACAUCUUUGGUACAUAUCCAGCCGCCGUUCCAUGUAGCGCCAUUGCCAAGGCUAGGCAAAUUCGCCAUUCAUUCGGUACCCCAUCAACACCUUUCAAUCCUCAUGGAGCACCAGCUAUCGGCACCUUCGGAAAGGGCAAUGGAGUCUUCGGAAGUGGUUUUGGCCAACCGCGAGGUCUAACCAGACGAGGCAGCUUUAUCAGUAUCGACGGAGAUGAAGUUGGAUCUCCAGAUCUCAAAACCGACAGCCAAAGUACUGAUUUCGAUUUACCACCGACUCCGACCAAGCAAGCUCCUAGCUUCUCUCAUUUCCAGAAUGGUAGCCCUACGAGCCAUCGAUCAAUUCCGGCUUCAACGUCUGCCGUGGGUGGCUAUAGCCUAGGAAAAAUUCCAAGAUCUAGCAGUAAGUUGAACCUCUCUACGAGUCCUGGCGAGCAGCAAGAUGAAGAUAGUGACACGUCCAUGGAUAUGAACGACUCCCCUACACCUGCGACCGCCGGACUUUCUUUCAGUAAUUCUAUUUCUGUACCAUCCUUUUCCAGGUCCCGAGCAUUGCGGGGCAUGCAAUCUCCUUCGCCGUUGAUGGCUAAAUCUCUUACUACUUCUUUUUUGAGCGUUUCAAGAAAACCCGGUUUUGCUAAACUUAGUCACGUGGCUCCAGCCAGUCCAUUGGAGCGUGUAGAUUUCAUCGAGAGGCUGUCACCCUGCACACCUCAAGACAGCAUGUUGCCGCCCGAUCCUAGUGGCCUUUCCAUCUCUAAUCAUCGAGAUGGCCAAGCUCAACUAGGUGCUAACAGUGCUCCUGUUGCUGCUCAUCCUCCAGCUACACCAACCACCGGACGAGAUUUUUUCGGAAAACCCAGCACCACUCCAGUUGGCAGCUUCCCACCCCGAGAUGUGGAUGAGUCUCUGGUGUCCCGAUUCGACCAGGUAGAGAUGAUUGGAUCCGGAGAGUUUUCCCAGGUAUACCGAGUGACCCAGAGCUCUCAAAAGGCUGCAGCAUUCCACUUCGAUGACUCUGUCGACUCGCCAAUGACUGGUAGAACACCACCCACACCCAUGCCACCACGUAUUUACGCCGUCAAGAAGUCAAAACAACCAUAUCAAGGCUUCAAGGAUCGAGCCCGGAAACACAAAGAAGUUGAGGUUAUCAAGGCGCUUGGCCAGGACGACAAUAUCGUUCACUAUGUCGACUUUUGGGAAGAAAAGAAUUACUUAUAUAUUCAAACCGAGUUCUGUGAAGAAGGUAGUCUCGAUAUCUUUCUCUAUCAAGUUGGUCGAAAGGGAAGAGGUCUUAAGCAUAUCCACGACUCUGGCUUCAUUCACCUUGACAUUAAACCCGCCAAUAUCAUGAUUACCUUCGAGGGUGUUUUGAAGAUUGGUGAUUUUGGUAUGGCAACUUCAUGGCCUGCUUCCGAUGCGAUAGAAGGCGAAGGAGAUCGUGAAUAUAUUGGACCCGAGAUUCUCCUCGGACAGUACGAUAAGCCCGCAGACGUUUUCGCUCUUGGUAUGGUCAUUUUCGAAAUCGCCACCAACGUAUAUCUACCUGACAAUGGAAUCUCUUGGCAACGUCUAAGAUCCGGAGACAUGAGCGAAGCCCCAAGUCUCACUUGGAGUGAAGCAAGCAGCAUGCUCCGUGAUGCCAAUGGUAUACCUAUCGUACCCAGUGACGAUUCGAUGAAUAGCGACGACGAAUUCGACGCCGACUUUGGUUCACCAAUUGCUGCCAGCCGAAAACGUUUCACCUCUUCUUCAAAGUCAUUUGCACAUGACCCAAGUAACUUAUUCGGUUCUUCUCGGCGCGGUGAACUUGCACAAGCUCCCAAAUUCAUGAGAGACCCUGAUCAUGAAUUUACACUCGAUAAGCUUGUUCGGUGGAUGAUCUCACCACGUCCUCAAGACCGACCUUUAAUCCAUGAAGUCCUCGAAUCAGAAGGUCUUCAGUGGGUCAGCAAUAGACGUCGUGCUGGAGCCACUGUCUUUGAAGGCAAUUGGGGGCCAGCAAACGAAAUCUUUGCAGAUGAUGCUGAGAUGAUGGAUGUUUAA